AUGGGCCUGGCAAGCAGUACCAACGGCGACUUCAGACCAUCACCGGCGUCCACAGACAUCCGCCAGAACGGAGGAGAGGUCGUGGAUCUCCAAGUUCAGGCGAUCAAUGGCAACAUGUAUCCAGUCUCCAUUGAGGCCUCUGCGAGGCUGGUGGAGCUCUAUGAGGCAGUCGCAAGAGCACUUGAUGUCGCGCCUUGGAUGCUGCGCCUGACUGCCGGCACCAGUGUUUUGGACGUAAGCUCCGACGGAGACAAGACACUGGAAGCUCUUGGCAUCAAGGAGGAGACGGAUGUGAUUGCUCUUCGCUGCACUGGCUGUUUUCUGGAGAACGCUGGAAUAAGCGGGUACAACGGGGACUACUUCUGCUCCGUGCUUCAGGUUUGCCAAGCCGGCUGGAACGCGGUUGAAAUCAAGUUCAGCGCCUGGGGCGAUGGAUCGCUUGGAAAACUUCAAGACCCCAGCACUUCCAGGCUGAGCUUCCUUGACUCGAAACGUGAGCUGAAGUCAGUUCGGCCCAAGAGUGUUACUUUGGAAGUAGACGAAUCGGCAGAUGAUCGUUCUGCCCACAAGCAAGGUGUCAUGACCUUCGAGGGGGUUCCGACACAUGGCCAGGUGUGGUUCGUCUACGGCGCUACUGGCUAUGAUAAGCUGGCAUUGCAGAAGACGAAUGAGGACAAGAGUCGGCAGGCCAAAGCCUCCAUUGCGAGAUGGACGGGCGCGGUAGGUGGAGGCAGAACCUCGAGCUCCCGAGUGCGCUUCGCUCUGCCCUCGCCGCCCCCUGCGGUGCCCACGCGCCGGCCGCAGCGGGGCCUGGGAGGCGAACAGCGAGCCAGGGAUCUGCUGGAUGUCAUGGAAUGA